AUGUCUUUCCUUCAUGGUGUUUUAGAUAACAUUCAGCCUAAAUUAGGCUUACAUAAAGAUGAUGUUCAAACUGCAAUUGAGUCUCUUAACGCCAAUAAACACCGUGGCAAAGAGGGUUUUAAUGAUGCGAUUGGCAAGGUGGUGGAGGGGGUGAAGGAGUAUAAUGAGAGUGUCAAGGCGUCGAACAAAAAGGUGAGUGAACAAAUCAAAUUGUUGCAGGGACAAGUCGGCGAGAAUUUUAAAAAUACGGGGAGGAAGAUAGAUUACAAUGACAAGAAGCAAAGGGAGACCGUCGGCCUUAUAGACUCCAAGCUGGAAGAGUGCAAGAACAACGCUUCGGCGUUUGUAGCAUCACUUAGCACACAUAGCGAAACUAUUGAUAAUUUUAAUAAUACUUUAUGUAAUAGAGUGCGUGUUGUUAAGAAUAAUGUUGAGCAUGAGAAAGGUCGACUUCAUAACGUGGCGGCGAAGGAGAAAGAGAACCUUGAUGCACUGCAGAAAAAUAUUGAGAGUGCGUUAAGUGAAGUGAAAUGUAACGUAAAUAAGAAGAUUGAAGCAGAUGUUAGGAGGCUUGUGAGGGAGUUGAAGGAAGCCUUAAAGCCAAUUUUGCAGGCGCUUCAGAAACUUAGCAAGGAGUUGCGACAGCAUGUCGUGGCUCUGGGUAAGUGGAUUGGCGAUGCGGAUUCCGCGGUUCAAAAGGCAUUGGCACAUGUGGAAAAAAUUAUAGAGGAAGUUGACGGAUCGAAUAAGAGUGCAAUUGACCAGGCGAUCCAGCAGAUUGAGGGAGAGGCCGGAGUGCUACAUUUUCAAUUUGAGCAGUUGAGGGACAAGUAUAAUGACGUUGUUGCGAAGGUGAAGGGGCAGGACGGAGACGGGAAAGGAGACUGCGCGGUGAAGAAGCUUAGUGAGGUUGAGAAUGAAGUUAGAAGUAAGGUGCCGGGAGAUUUUAAGACUUUUAACGACGAUAGCGUUAAUAAUGUAUGGAACAUGAAAUAUUUGAUUGAUUUUCUCACAACGCAAAUUGAAGGCAACGUUAAGUGGUAUGUUGGGACGUUGGCAUCAGCUUUGAGAGAUGCUGUAAAAAAAGCGAAUCCAACUUUUGUGCGAGGUCAUAUUCCCGGUCUGAAGGCAUUGCAAGGAACUGAUUUAUGGACGUUGCCUAAGUUUGGGGGGCGACUUGAGAUGACGGUCGGACUAAAAGGCGUUGAUGGUCUUGGGGCAAACCUAGAAAGAUUCUUGAGUAAUCUGAAUUCUGCGAAAAAUGCAUGGGACGAAAAGACUCCUGCAAUCGCAGCCUCGAGCAUUUACCAGGAGAUUGUCAACGGCCUCGGAGAAGCGAUAGGAAAGAAAGCCACGGACGUCAACGACCGGCUCUUCAGUCUCCUCCAAACUGCCGCAUUCAACGGAAUUAAUGCGGCUCAAGUAGAGGUAAAGAAGAUCGUUAGUGAACAUCUUGACGCUAUUCAAAAGCUAGACGGCAGGCUGGAAGGCGAGGCAUAUGCCGCGCAAAAUGCAAUAUUAGUGCAGGCCUCUGCAGUUACCCACACCCUUAAAGCCCUCUGCGCAGAAAUUAAGAACGCCGCACAACUCGAUAAAGACAGCGCGAAAAGUAAAUUGGAAGAGCUGAAGAGCAAGUUUUUUGCGCAGUCGACGGACGCCCAAGGCAGCAUCAACAAAAUCCACAGCGACAUCAGUAAGCUGCAGAAGGAGCUGGACAGUGGUCCCAUACACAACCUCAAAUAUUUCCUUGAUCAUCACGCCGACAAGACCUGCCAAAACAUCAUAGGUCCGCUCAACAAAAGUGUCAACAGGGAAAUCACAGACGCGGAAACGAAAAUGGUCAGCAACGCUCGCAAGCAGUACGUGAUGACUAUCAAGUUCCUGGUUCAGCAAUUCGUCGAGAAAGUCACGAGCGAGCUGGACGGAUUGCCCACGCAGAUUAGUGAAGACUUAGAAAAGGGGCACAAAAAGUUUAUGAAAUUAUUCGAAACGGAGUUCUGCACUAAGGCCGAAGAGAUAAAACGCAUUGAUCCUAAAAUACUUACAAAAGAUAACUCUCCACUGAGCCAAGCGGCGACAAAAUUUAGAGCCGCUUUAAGUUCCUUUUUCAUCAAGUUCAAACAGCACUCCGAAUUUACAUCUGACUCCGAAAAAAUUAGGCCAAGUCGAAAGGCUCUCGACACACUGCUAGAAGGCCCACAAUAUUCGCGGCAUUUCGACCACAAAUUUAGCACCAACCUAGAAAAACUCAACGAAUCACUCACCGAGUUUAACCCUAAAUCGUACGGCGAGGGAACGUAUUCGUAUAUUCUUGAAGGUUUUAGAAAGGGCUUUUCGGCUUUGGCCGGCGAAAUGGAAAAGGCGUACGUCUCGACGUAUUCGGGCGCCGCGAAAGCUUUGACAUGGGACGAGAAUUCUGAUGAAUUUGAGAAGUGCCCGAGCGUAUGUGUUACUACCAUUUCAACGUUUUAUGAACAAUUGUUUUGUUUGUUCUAUAACUCUUGUAUGGAGUGGCGCAAUUUCAGUGUUGACGGCACCGCAACGCGUGGUACAAAUAGGGACGAAUUAAAAGAAUAUUUAACAAACCAAGGCUAUGAGAUUCAAAAUCUAAAGAAAGAUAAAACCGGACGACAUGUCAAAGAUAUUCUCAGCAAGGCGUUCCAAGGUCAUGAAUUCCGGCAACCUCCGAAUCCCGCUCAGCCAAAUUUCGCCCAUUACCUUCAUUCCAUUCGGAAAUCGGAGGGGAUCUUGUGUAAACUUCACAGCUACGCAGACCUUUUCUACAGGGGUUCGCACUUAACACAUUACGCCAACGCAAAGCUGCCGUGCACAAUCCGCGACAUUAUGUCAUGGUUCUGUGGACUGCAGUAUAGACCAGUCUACGAAGCGUUUAGAGAUAAAUACUACAAAUUAGUCAUGAAGAAUGAGGAAACAGAUCCCAUCAUGAAAUUGAACAAUUCCAGAUUAUUAAACAGUCUGUCGUCUACAAUGACCCUUUCGAGCACUUUGCUCCUUACGAUCUGCGGUACCGGUCGCGGUGCGCAGAACGCUGCGUACCCAUAUGCUAUGGAUUGGUCUAAUAAUCACGGCAGAUUUUAUUAUCCGUCAGGUGUUGAUGAACUCAUGGACACCAUGAAAUAUUUGGUUUCAAGACUGCAUACCGCCCUUGUAUUUUUGUAUCACCAGUGUCGAUUAACCGUAUCCCAGGCUAACGGGUGGCGUGAUUGCAAGUACGGUAGAGAUGUAAUGUCCACUAAAUUGCCGUGCAAAAAUCACGCUAGCAAUGAAUCUGAGUGCCAGCCUAGAUCACCACUUCAGUCGUACUUAAGUGACUCCUUGCUCGGUCAGCUCCCUCACCAGCUCACUACCAUAGGCUGCAAGACAUCAUGUGGCACCUGUCCUAGAUUGUCCCCUGGCCAACAAUGUGUUACCCCAAUGGGCUUCUGGGACAUCUCUACAUCGGCAUCUAUUAGCGGCACUGGCAGGGAUAUAUGUGAAAUUUUAGAUCAGUUUUGUAAAGAGGCAGAAUCACCUUUGCCUUCGCUGUAUCGUUGUCUUAUGUCCUUAAAGCCACAGCCUCCGAAAACGUUGCACGAGAUGUUUGGCCUAUAUUAUAACUUAUUGAGAUGCCGAGCCCCUGGUAAGUACGCCGACAAUCUCGAAUUCACUGCCCACCUGGAGAAUAAGAUAAUACCGAAAGUCUCCAUUUUCCUGAGUGACAACACGCAGACAAAGGGGUUAACAAAUGCCCUUUCCAAAUUGCAUAACUCCGACCAUGAUCACAUACAUUCUCCCAAACCAGAUGCAGCCACAAAAACGGGUACGCAUUCGGACUUGUCGAGUGUCACCGUGCCGUCCAAUUGCACUAAGUCACUCACCUGUGCAUACUACCUCCAGCCUUCGUGUUUUGAUGCGUAUCAUACAUUCCCUCAAAAACACGCCGAGGUAUAUUUCUCAUGGUUUUUGUACCUUGCCUGGGACUUCCAUGAAUUGCUCAAAUCACUGUUCGAGGCUUUCUGUGGUAUUGAUUGCAAAUCGUCAGGUUGCUCAUCAUGUAACUGCUUAACUGGGAAACAUGGCGUCAGCGAACCAAAGUCGGAACCAAAAGCACAACCAAUCGGCCAGGCAAUUGGCCAAGCAAAGUCCGAACCAAACGCCCAACCAAAACCCGGAUGUCACUGCCUGUCUAUGGUUCAGUGCAGUGGUGUCCAACCAACGCUCUUCAGAUAUGGUUUCACGUUCGGCAACCCAGAGAGGUUGAUGAAUGGCUCAAGCAGGAAAACGUGCGACAAUUUCUGCGCACAGUUGAAAAAAGUAAUCGAGUCAGAACAUUUCAGGAAAUUAUUCAAGGUCAUCGACGAAUUCAUAUGGACAAUUCGCACACCCUUCUCCUACCUCCUAUUAGCCCUCUGGUCGCUCUCGCUCCUCUACCUGCUGCACAUCGCCGUCGUCCGCCUCGACGUCCUGAGGAUACGCUCCCACUUAAAAUCACCUUCAAGCCACCGCAUCGCCGCCCAGUCCCUCCUCGCCGCCGCACGCGUCAGGGCACUCGCCAACGUCAAGUACUUCUCACCAUAA